CUUUGUAUAACCCUCCUUUCGAGCCCACUACUCCACCAACCCCAGUAUUCGUAUACUCAUACCCGCUCCUCACAUGCUCCAACUCCCCACCACCACCCCCGCUCCCACUCAAAGCCACCCCGCAGAAUACCUGGAAAAAAUGAGCAAGGAGAAUUUGGAGGUAAAUACGGUAAAAAUUUAAGUGUCAACAACAAGUUCGUAUGUGUCCCAAAUGCAGAUUCCAAGGCCAUUUUGUCUCCCGAAGGUGUAUAUGCAGGAGCAUACAACCUUCGACUGUGAAGUCGCUUCUUGCGCUCAUUUGCCACACCGCCAGCUCCCGACUAACCGAGGAGUCCAAGGUCUCGCAAUACUGAACCUAACGGCUCGCUGUAGAGCAGUAUAAGGAGUUCAACAAAUCAUGAUAACAACAUCAAUUCCGAUCUCGUCAAUCGCUGACAACGCAGGAGUGAUGCUGUCAGAAGGCCAGUCUAUCAGACUUGAAGCCAUCGGCGGAAAGAAUCUUUUAAAGUCCCUUCCUAGUGCGCAUGCCCGCAGAGAACUAAUUAUAUGUCCUUCAAACUCGGUGAAAUGGGACUCCAGGGAUUAGAUAUCGGGGUACUGUCAUCCGAGAGAUCUGAGCGUGGGGUGAUACUGUGACUCUGCAAGGCAAUCCACAGAGGCUUGCAGACAUGAUUUGAAAACUGACUUUCGGUUGACGAUCCUUUCAAUGGGUGAUCCACUUGCCAUUCGUCUAUAUCUCAUUGCUUGUACAUCUCGUAUUUUGAAUCCAUACUUGUCUCUCGGGCUAU